AUGGACCUGGAGAAGUUCUACCGAGAAGAUCACGCCUUCUACAAGUUCAUGAUUGGCGAUUUCAACGCCAAAGUUGGCCCAAGAAGAACGCCGGAGGAACUUCACAUCGGGACCCACGGCCUACAAUGGAACGACCAGAGGGAGAGGCUCUCCGAGUUCAUCAUGACGACUAAGACCAUCCAUGGGAACUCGCAAUUCCAGAAGCCAUCCUCUCUACUCUAUCCCAGAACUACCAUCAACUGA